UUGGAUUAUCUGGCUCCGGACCUGUUGGCCACUCUAAUCCCCUGAUCGACACCGGCGAGCCGUGAUAAGAAGAAUCACCUUUGUUCGGAAAUCGGAUGGUUUUGAAGUCAGACUUGGCCCCUAUCAGCUGGGUUAUGCUGCACUUCUGGGUUCGCCUUGCCGGCUGCUAUUCGGCUCGGGGAUUUCAGGGCCCCCUUUCACCCGCUACUAUCUCGAUUCCACCCCUUUCAACAUCCUUUAUAAAGACGAACUGUUGCAAGAAGAUUCCUACUGGAUGUUUGGCUUCCCUGCCUCAGGUGGCUGCCGUGGUUACGGAUGAUGACGGAGUAGAUGAAUGAAUACGUUAUACGUUAUCCAUAUUCCAGCGAAGUUUUACAUCUUCACUGUUUGCGCUGUCCUUCCUAAUUGCUG